GCUGUGCACACCAACACCACAUCUAACGCUACUAAAACAUUAGACAAGGAAGGAGGAGUAAACACUAAGGGUUAAAUCGUACUUUCACAAUCCUUAAAUCUAAAGCAUUCCUCCGGUCAUCUCUUUUUCUUUCGACCCACAAAAGAAAAAAAAAAAAUUAAAAAAUUUCAUAAUUCCCUGAAGAGGAGAAAUCUCGUUCGAAUCUCUAUCUUUCUCUCUCCUCUUCUUCUCUGCAAAUUUCAUUUCCAAUCUUCGCUGUUUUCCAAAUUCUUGUUUGUCUUUAAUGGCUUCCGAAAAUUUCACCGACAAAACUGCCAUUUUUAGAAAGCUCAAGCUUAAAUCCGAGAAUAAGACAUGUUUCGAUUGUAAUGCCAAGAACCCUACUUGGGCGUCGGUCACUUAUGGGAUCUUCCUUUGUAUUGAUUGUUCCGCAGCUCAUCGUAGCCUUGGUGUUCACAUCAGUUUUGUUAGGUCAACAAACUUGGAUUCGUGGUCCCCUGAUCAAUUGAAGAUGAUGUACUUUGGGGGAAACAACCGUGCUCAUACAUUCUUUAAGCAGCAUGGAUGGACUGAUGGAGGCAAGAUUGAGGCUAAAUAUACAUCAAGGGCUGCUGAUUUAUACAAGCAGAUACUGGCAAAAGAAGUUGCUAAAAGCGCUGCUGAAGAUCCCGGUUUACCUUCUUCACCAGUGGCUUCACAGUCUGCACAGGCAUCUAAUGGUUUCUCUGAUGCCCUCAGUUUUGAAGCCCCAAAGGAAAUUAUAACAGAAAAGAAGGAUACAGCUAAGAAGGAAACAGCUGAGCUACCUUCUUCUCCUAGAACUUAUUCUGUAACUGUCAAGAAACCUAUUGGACUUGGAGCAAAGAAAGUUGGAAAGAGUGGAGGACUUGGUGCCAGAAAGCUUACGAAAAAGCCUAAUGAGGACCUCUAUGAGCAAAAGCCAGAGGAGGCCCCUGCUCCUGUUGCCACCCCUAGUAAUAAUCCUGUUCCAGUUGGAUCAUCUUUUCCUUCUCGUUUCGAGUAUGUUGAAAACAAUAAUGUUACGGGAGUGGGUAAAAGUUCAGAAGUUUCUCAGAUGACUGGCCAUGUUGCACCACCCAAGUCAUCAAGCUUCUUUGCAGACUUUGGUAUGGACAGUGGUUUCCAGAGAAAAGGAAGCUCAAAUUCUUCAAAAGUACAGAUUGAAGAAACUGACGAGGCUAGGAAGAAGUUUUCAAAUGCUAAAUCGAUUUCCUCUUCUCAAUAUUUUGGAGAUCAGAGCAGAGCUGGUGAUAUUGAAGCUCGAGCUUCAUUGCAAAAGUAUUCUGGAUCAAGUUCUAUCUCUAGCGCAGAUCUAUUUGGACAUGAUUCUGAUGCCAAUCUUGAUAUAUCUGCAAGUGACCUCAUCAACCGCUUAUCGUUUCAGGCACAACAAGAUAUAUCUUCCUUGAAGAAUAUUGCAGGAGAAACAGGGAAAAAGCUCGGUUCUCUGGCGUCGUCAUUGAUGACUGAUCUUCAGGAUAGAAUCCUUUAAUGUAAUGUCUGUAAUCAUCUCAGAAUUUUUACAAAUACAAGGAGAGAUUUAUUUAGUGAUGUAAAAUGAGUUUUUCUUGCAAUUCUUUGGAAAACAAAUAAGAUUUUGGCACUCUUUUCCAGUUUCCUUUGUGCUUUCUUAGCAUAAUGUGUAGUGAGGGACUGAGGGUGUUCGUCUUGACAAAUUGUCAUCUUUGUCUUUAUAUUUAGUUAGUUAUUACUGUGUAAACGUAUCAAAAAUUUCAAUCUCUGUUAUUGUGCGAGCUGUGGUGUGCAACGGUGUUUUUUCAUA